UGGUGGGAGCUGAAUGGGGUGUGGGCUCGUUUCUGUUCAUCCACGGACAUCUCCACAAUCUUCUCUUCUCUUUUUUAAUUCCCCCCUUGAUAUAACUUGGAGAAGUAGUGUUUGUCAAGUUUGUUGCCACCUGGGCUCAACCCAGCUGAAUCAACUUUGGAGGAUACCCUUGCUGCAACCCUCUGGACGUCCUCCUAGGAGGAGAAGAAGAAGCUGAAGCAGUUUGGCAUCAUUACUAUAGUUUGAGGAAAAACAUUUCUUUGAUUUCAGAGAGAGCUACCAGGAGGAUCUGUGGGAUGUCCUGAUCUCCCCCCAUUUGCCCUGCUGAGCAUGGGGUGACGGUGUUUGACCAUGGUGGUCACCCAGUUACAGUUGGAACUGUGCUUCCAUGGCAAGAAGCUGAGAGGUUUCACCUGCAAGUUGACCAGGUCAGCCAGUGGAUUUCUCCCAGAGACUUCGUUCUCCAUUGCCUCCCAGAUCUUUGUGCCGUUCCUUCUGGCUGGUUUGGGCACAGUAGCUGCUGGCCUCUUGAUGGAUGCUGUGCAACACUGGGAUGUGUUUCGGACAAUUACAGAAGUUUUUAUCCUGGUUCCUGCCUUGGUUGGCCUGAAGGGUAAUCUUGAGAUGACGCUGGCAUCCAGGCUCUCCACUGCUGCUAACACCGGACAGAUGGAUGAUGCCCAGAAGCAAUGGAAAAUGGCCACCUGCAAUUUAGCCCUUAUCCAGGUCCAGGCCACCGUGGUGGGACUUCUGGCUGCCGUUGCUGCUGUGAUCCUGGGAGCCAUCUCCAAGGGCUCUGUGGAGCUGAGCCAGGCUGCCGUGCUGUGUGCCAGCAGCGUGACCACAGCCUUCAUAGCUGCCCUUUCUCUCGGUCUGGUGAUGAUUGGCGUGAUCAUCGGAGCAAGGAAAGUUGGGAUCAAUCCAGACAAUGUCGCCACACCCAUAGCAGCGAGCCUUGGAGACUUGAUAACCCUUUCCCUGCUGGCAGGAAUCAGCAGUACGCUCUUCAAAUACAUAGAACUGGAAUAUGUGAAAUACCUUUCUCCUCUGAUCUGUGCUGUCUUCAUUGUCAUGAUCCCUCUCUGGGUUGCUAUCGCCAAGCAAAGUCCUUCCCUUGCCGAAGUCCUGAAAUCCGGAUGGCAGCCAGUCAUCGUUGCGAUGAGCAUCAGCAGCAUUGGUGGGCUCAUCUUGGACAAAACUGUAACUGACCCAAACUUUGAAGGCAUGGCAGUUUUCACACCUGUGAUUAAUGGUGUUGGAGGGAAUCUGGUCGCCAUCCAGGCCAGCCGUAUUUCCACAUUCCUGCACUUCUGGAGCAUGCCUGGAGUUUUGCCAUACAAGAUGAGGCAGAAUUGGCCCAACCCAUGCACCACAUUCUUCUCAUCAGAGGUGAAUUCCAAGUCAGCCCGAGUCCUGUUCCUCCUGGUUAUCCCAGGGCACCUUGUGUUCCUCUACACCAUCCAUCUGCUGCAGGGAGGCCACACGUCUCUGUCCUUCACCUUUGUGAUGUUCUAUCUGACUGCUGCUUUGCUGCAGGUGGGAAUCCUGCUCUACGUCGCUGACCUCAUCGUGCGCCUGAUGUGGAGGAAGGCGCUGGAUCCGGAUAAUUUCUCCAUCCCCUACCUCACUGCCCUGGGGGAUCUCCUGGGCACCGGAUUCCUGGCUGUCUGCUUCCGCCUGGUUUGGCUCAUCCACGGUGCAGACAUGAACCUGGGGAACUGA